CUCAGGGUUACGUUUGUGUAUUGGCAACAGAACGAAUUUUACGAAAGUGAAAAACGCCGCUUCUUACCCAUUUUAAGCGAUGGUACGACCUAAGUUCUUUACACCAAACGAGGUGUCAGUCCAUAAUACAUUAGAGGACCUUUGGGUGUCAUUUCUAGGCAAGGUUUAUGACCUGACUCCCCUCUGUGAUGUACAUAAAGGUGAUGUUCUCCUAAAACCAAUAAUUCAAGCAGGGGGCACUGAUAUAUCACAUUGGUUUAAUCCUAAACUGAAAGAUAUACGUACCCAUGUCGACCCUUUGACUGGUUGUGUUAUUCCCUACACACCACAUGGACGUUUCAUCCACAUAGCUCCUCCAUGUCCCAACUCUGACUGGGUCAAUGACUUUGGACGUCCAUGGUGGAAGGAUGAUAGCUACAAUGUUGGGAUUCUCUCAAAGAAAACACGGUUUAUAAAAAUCAUCAAUACAUUGACAUCACAAGACCAGGUUAUAGAGGUUUGCUCUGAAGAGAAUAUGCAUGAGAUUCUGACCCGAUAUCUGACAUACAAUGCACAUGCUGCUAGUUACACCUGGAAGUAUGAUGGCAGGAAUCUAGAUAUGGACAAAACACUAGAGGAAAAUGAAAUACCUGAUGAGGAUGAGGACUUUUAUCAAUUAAGCAUGAAUGAUGACACAUAUCUCCAAGCUAUACACCUCUAUUUCAAUGAUGAUCUCACAGAGGCAUAAUAUCGUUAAUAUCUUUUUAUCUACAUGUAUGAAUCAGGACAAAAAUACAACUUCCUAGGUUGCCUUGCUUAAGCUGCUAUCUGUUUCCAAAGGACAAUCAAUUUUUCACAAUCAUUUUUAAUUUAUUUUCAAAUUUAACCUAUAGCCUCGCCUCACGAAUCAUGUGACAGGUGUACAGUAUUAUUGCAAGACUAGGACAUAGUUUUAUUAUAUCAGGAUCAUGAUUCAACAUUUAGCCCCAAGAUCAAUAUUGUUAUUAAGAAUAAAGUUCUUAUUAAAAAAUAAGAUGGCGCUGUAGAUCAGGAUCCGAAUCCUCAGACUUAAUGUGAAGAUUACUCAUCAUGAAGCUAAGCAAUUAGUGUAAAUAUUGUACAUAUACGUGUAAUGUGUAAAUAAAAACUAAUAUCACAUUUGUAUAAAAA